AGCUCCACGGAGUGGUCAACAACGCCGGCGUGCUGCUCCUGGGCGCGGUGGAAGUCAUGUCGGCGGCUGACGCGCGGCGCAUCAUCGACGUGAACCUGCAGGGCCUGAUCAACGUGAGCCGCGCGUUCCUGCCGCUGCUGCGACGUCGCCGGCGGACCGCCGCGCGGCUCGUCAACGUCUCCAGUAAUGUGGGUUUAGCCCCGGCCUCACAAAUGGGCGUGUACGCAGCCUCCAAGGCCGCUGUGGCUAUGCUCACGGAGACAUGGAGGUACGAACUCCGACCCAUGGGCAUCUACGUCUCCAUGAUCGUCCCCAGCGGUUUCCGGACCGGCAUCAUGGCGUACGACAUGGAGAGGGUGGCGGAGCGCUGGUGGUCUGAAGCCAGCCCGGAGGUGAAAGACUACUACGGGAGGGACUGUUUUCUACCCGUCAACAGGACUAAAAACUACAAGGAGUACCUGAACCCGGACUUCUCCCCCCUGCUGUCCUGUAUGACGGACGCGCUGCUGUCCCGCCACCCGAGGCCCGUCUACUACAAGGGCCUCCUGGCUCGCCUGCUGCCCUGUCUGUACGCCCACCUGUCCCCGGCUCUGUGGACGCACGCCAUGGCUCUGCUCGCCGACUACCACCACUUUCCGGUCAGGGCUUUGCGGCAGAGGGACGCGCCCGACUCCGACUCGUCUUCCCCGUCGUCCUCCUCCUCCUCCUCUCCCUCCUUCUCGUCGUCGUCGUCGUCGAUGUCCAACUCCUUCUUCUCAUCCCCCUCUUCCUCAGCCUCCUCGGAUGUACGGGGAAAUAAUCACGACCACACCCACAACGGACACAACAAGUCGCCUACAUCAGCAGCGGCUGCAAAGUCAGACUGAUCAAAAUAUUCCAACUCCUCUCCUCCUCCUCCAUCUCGGACAUACAGUGAAACCGUCACGACCACACUCGCAACGGACACAAAUCGCCCACAUCAGCAGCAGCUGUAAAGUCAGACUGACCAACAAGGGUUUGUUAUCAUUAUGCCCCUCCUCCCCCUCAUCCUCCUCUCCUUCCUCCUCCUCGGACAUACAGCGACACCAUCACGACCACACUCACAACGGACACAAAUCGCCCACAUCAGCAGCUGAAGAGUCAGAAUAACCAAAAUAUUUGGGUUUCUCAUCACUACGGCCCUCCUCCUUUUCUUUCUCCUCCCUGCUCCUCGGACAUACGGCAGAGUAAUACAUUUAGAGGAGUAACUUACAUUCGGAGGAAUACCUUACAUUCAGGGGAAUAUUUUACGUUCAGAGAUACAUCUUCGACUGUGGGGAAAAACUUACAUUCUGAGGAAUAUCUUACGUUCGGAGACAAAUCUUACACUGUGAGGAAUACCUUACAUUCAGAAGCAUAUCUUACAUUUGCAGGAAUACCUCACACCUGGAAGAAUACCUCACAUUCUGAGUAAUAUCUUCCGUUCGGAGACACAUAUUAAUAUUAUCUUACACUGUGAGGAAUAGUUUAAAUUCUUAGGAAAAUUUUACAUUCGGAGACAUUAUAUCUUACACAGUGAGGAAUAUCUUGCAUUCAAAGGAAUAUCUUACGUUCGAGGAUACAUCUUACAUUAUACUGUGAGAAAUACCUUACAUUCAGAGGAAUAUCUUACGUUCAGAGAUAUACAUGUAUCUUACACUGUGAGGAAUAUCUUAAAUUACUUACAUUCAGAAGAAUACCUUGCAUUCGAAGUAAUACCUCACACUCGGAGGAAUACCUUACAUUCCGAGGAAUAUUUUACGUUCGGAGAUAUAUCUUACAAUGUGGGGAAUAUUUUACAUUCAGAGGAAUAUCUUACAUUCAGAGGAAUACCAUACAUUCAGAGGAAUAUCUUAUCUUCAGAGGAAUACCUUAAUUCAGAGGAGUAUCUUACAUUCAGAGGAAUACCUUACAUUCAGAGGAAUAUCUUACACAGUGAGAAAUACCUUACAUUCAGAUGAAUAUCUUACACCAUGAGGAAUACCUUACAUUCAGAGGAAUACCUUCCACUCGGAGGAAUACGUUACACUAGGAGGAAUACCUUCCACUCGGAGGAAUACGUUACACUAGGAGGAAUACCUUCCACUCGGAGGAAUACCUUACGUUCGAAGAUAUAUCUUACACUGUGAGGAAUAUCUU